AGGCGGGAUUUCACGCUGAGCCUGUCCUACUGUAGGAACUCGGGGUGUGAGUUGGGAUUUCACCCAGACUGAGACAUAUGAUUUUCUCUUUUUUUAAUUUGACUUCAGAGUUGAAAGUGGGCUUAAAGGGUACAUGGGUUUAAUGGGUACACUUACCCUACAGUACUGGAUUAUGUAAAUAUUCAGUUCAAAAUUAUUUCUAUGCCACUUUCGAUGAUAGACAUUGUCAUAGAAAUUCCUUAUUGCAUGUUUGUGCUUUACUCGAUUAUUGCUAUUAAUAUUUUAUUACAAGCCAGAAAAGUUGUGAAGGCAAAGGCACAAGUCUGGUCAAGUUGAAUGUCAAAUUUGAUGUUAUUACAAAAACAGAUGUUCCUGUAAGCUUUUGUCUGAGAACAGAUGUCGAAGUUUUAGAUCUUUCGAUUGUUGUGUUUUUGUUUUGUCAAGAUUUAAUAUGUAUACCUUAGUUAAUUUAUGCUGUAAAUGACAGUAAACAUAGAAAGGGGUCACUGUUGACGUCAUGUGACACAACAGGUUAAGACCAACGUGGAAGAAGUGCUUGGAUUAUUCUGGUUCCUUCGAUUGGUUGUUCAGAUAGCCAGCUUGUAAGAUGGUACUUCCAAUGGCCAGCACCAAACGUUCCAGCUGUUCAGGUUAUGAUACCUGUUUUUGUUGAGCAGGUAUGAAAAGCUAUACAGCUAGAACAUUUGGUACUGGUUCCAGUUCCAGUUUUCCACGGCCAAAAAUUCAGUUGCAUUGCGCAGUAUAGAAAGACUUUUUUGUUUAAGCCUUGAUUUAAGCCCUUUUUUAAUCCCUACAACUAUCUUGCUCUUGUUUCUGAUAAAUUGGUGAAAGCUUUUUUUAUCAACUCAUUUAAAGCUUUCAUACUUGGGUUGUUUUCUGCUUCACUUUGUGUAAAAGCUUCUGCCAUGAAGAUAUAAUGAGUGUAGGCCACUGUAAUUGAUUUAUUCUUUUAAAAAGUGACUGAUAUUGUGUUACGUUGAUGUCCUCGGACACUGAAUGCAAUCUGUAGUUACUUGCUGUAAUGCGGACAUAUUGUUAAUGGAUUGUAAUUUGCGCACCAAUGCCAGUCAGCGAUUCAGCUGGCACAGUUUGCUUCAAAGUUCAGAAAGAAAAUGUGGGAAAUGUCUAAUUGAUGCUGCAGUCAAACAUGGAGGCGUAUAUGGAGGUAAAUAUGCCUGAGUGAGGGUAAAUAUAGAGGCGUGAACGGUAAAGCAUCAGUGUGUGGCAAUAUCCGGAUCAAGAGAGCUAAACAGGAAACAGACUUAUCACGGCAAAGAGGACUUUGCCAUACACCAAUGUUUUACCAUCACUGGAUUAUGUGCAGCUGUUUUAAAGAGAAAAAGGUUCUGCUGAAGCGACCAUCUGUCCAUGAGUAAACCUUUGAGUUCUGCUGUAAUUGGCAUGAGCCUAGAUUGGGUAUCGUACUCUGUAAAUAGUAAAUUGUGAGGAAAUUGUUGGUUGUAGGUAAAUCUUUGCCUGCUUGGAACUUCUCUUGAAACUGGGCUUGCUGGUACUAAAGUGCUUUUUCAAAACGCCAUUUUUCAGGAGUGUCUGUCUGGCUUUUUGCUCAGUGUUGGGACAGACAAGUGGUCAAGGUAAAAUUCAAGGUGAAAUUUGGCAGGGGUUGAUCAGGUUCAGCCAUAUUGAUCCUGAUAAGCUUCGCUGUCUGUAGUUCUGCUGGAUCACCAAUCAGUCCAGUGAAAGGGAGAUAGAUAUAGGAAUUGGGACCCAUGACAUCAUCUGCAUUCAAGGGCGAAAGUUUGCAACCCCAUGGUUUUUCAAAUGGAAAAUUGAUAAAGCAAUUUCAGUAGAAUUCUGAAAUGUCAUAUAUUAAAAACGUGAGUUUGUCCUGCAACAAGGCAGUUAUCGAAAGAUGUUUUUGUCUUUAGGCAGUGUAGGUUUGCUGGUAGAACUACUAAAUGGACAAGAAGAGAACAGAUGAUGUUUAGAUAGAGGGCUAGAUAUGGAGUUGGCGUGAUAGGAAGCAGUAAAUACUAUUUACACAGAUAUUGAGUAAAAGCUUGAGACUGUGCAUGUAUGUUGGCUGAUUUGCAUGUAACGGCAUGUUGCAUGAUGCCCCGUGCCUUACCGUGUGUGUGUCUUGCAGCGCUAGUUGUUCAUGGACCAGUUGUGUGCAGUACCACUGUUAAAAUGGGACAGGGCACCUCGGGACCAGAGUCCCAAGAACCAUCAGAGCAGGAGGGAUUUGCAAAUAGAAAGACAUUUGUGGAGGACCAGCUUCAGACCAGCAUGAUGGUGGGAAUAGUGCUUGGUGCUGGCAUCGCCAUCGUCCUCAUCGCCACCUUCAUCUUCUUUGUGCUGCGCAGGAUUCACCUUCGGAACCUCGCGGCUCAAGAAGCCCCCAAAUACCGCUUCCGCAAGAGAGACAAAGUUUUAUUCUAUGGCAGGAAGAUCAUGAGGAAAGUCUCUCAGUCCACCUCGUCUCUAGUCGGAACGUCAUCGUCGUCUUCCUCCCGUCCGAGACUGAAGAAGAAACAGAAGAUGCUCAACAUUGCCAAAAAGAUCCUGCGCUUUAAGAAGGAGGUGCCCACCCUGCAGAUGAAGGAGCCUCCUCCCUCAGUGCUAGAGGCUGAUCUGACGGAGUUUGAUGUUGCCAACUCGCACCUACCCUCAGAAGUGCUCUACAUGCUGAAGAACGUGCGUGUAUUAGGCCACUUUGAGAAGCCAUUGUUUCUGGAGCUGUGUAAGCACAUGGUGUUCCUGCAGUUCCAGCAGGGCGAGUAUGUCUUCAGACCCGCACAACCGGACAGCAGCAUCUAUGUAGUGCAGGACGGCAAACUGGAGCUCUGUCUUACUGGUCAGGAUGGGAAGGAUGGAGUGGUUAAAGAGGUUUUUCCAGGAGAUUCGGUUCAUAGUCUACUGAGCAUUCUUGAUGUCAUCACAGGUCACCAGAGGCCGUAUCGGACGGUGUCUGCCAGAGCUGCAGAGGUGUCCACAGUCCUGCGUCUGCCUGUCGAGGCUUUCCUGUCCAUCUUUGAGAAGUAUCCAGAGAGUUUAGUGCGUGUGGUGCAGAUCAUCAUGGUGAGGCUGCAGAGAGUGACUGUCCUGGCUUUACACAACUACCUAGGCCUCACUAAUGAGCUCUUCUGUCAUAUGUUCUUUUCGCAGGAGAUGCAGCCGCUGCGCUUACCCGUGCUCUCUCCACACGCCAACCGCACCAGCCCUGUACGCCACAGCAAACGCUUCAGCAGCCUCACUGUGCCCGAGGAGCAGCGGGAGGCCGCCGUCCGAGACGCCAAUGCAGUGGAUCAUGGGAAGGAAGGCAGCACCAUCCCGACCCUGAGCAGGGCUAUCUCCAUGCCUGUGGACAUUGCUGGCAUGCAAAAGGGCCUGCGUUCAGAUUUCGACAUGGCAUAUGAGAGGGGCCGGAUUUCUGUGUCUGCCGAGGAUGGAACACCCACAGCACCCACGUUUACACGGGAGCAGCGAGAGAGAAGAGUAACAGUAGAUGAGGUGCCGUCGGGCGUGUACCUGUACCCCGAGGAGGAAGUGAGCACAGAGAACGUUUACGGCCCGUUGCCAGGACGAUCCAGCGCCACCCUGUUCGAGGAGGCUCAGAAGGAGUUUCUGAAACUAAUGAAAAUCGAGGACGCUGCACUGCUGAAUGGACGAGUGACCUUGCAUCAUGCCAAAGCAGGCGCUGUCCUGGCCAGACAGGGAGACCAGGACGUGAGUCUUCAUUUCGUGUUGUCCGGCUGCCUGCACGUGUAUCAGCGUAUGAUUGACAAGCAGGAGGACGUGUGCCUGUUCGUGACGCAGCCGGGUGAGAUGGUGGGUCAGCUGGCCGUACUGACCGGAGAGCCGCUCAUCUUCACCGUCCGCGCGCUCCGCGACUGCACCUUCCUCAGGAUCUCCAAAUCUGAUUUCUAUGAGAUCAUGAGGGAGCAGCCCAGUGUGGUCCUGAGUGCAGCUCACACUGUGGCCAUGCGUAUGUCUCCAUUUGUAAGGCAGAUGGACUUCGCCAUCGACUGGAUGGCUGUGGAGGCCGGACGUGCUCUCUACAGGCAGGACGAUCAGUCUGAUUGUACCUACAUCGUGCUGAACGGUCGUCUGCGCUCCGUCAUCCGGAAGGCGAACGGAAAGAAGGAGCUGGUAGGGGAGUACGGUAGAGGAGAUCUCAUCGGGGUGGUCGAGGCUUUGACCAGGCAGCCACGGGCAACAACGGUUCACGCAGUCCGAGACACGGAACUGGUGAAACUUCCAGAAGGAACACUAAACAACAUUAAGAGACGUUAUCCUCAGGUUGUUACUCGGCUGAUCCAUUUGUUGGGCCAGAAGAUCCUAGGAAACCUUCAGCAGCCCCGUGGACCUUUCUCAGGUUCAGCUCUGGGUUUGCCCAGCAUGCCAUCCAGCCCUGAUGUCACCAACCCAGCCAGUAACCUCUCCACUGUGGCUGUGCUUCCUGUUUGCGACGAAGUGCCAAUCAAUGCCUUUAACCUGGAGCUCAGUCACGCUCUCAGUGCCAUAGGACCCACUUUGCUUCUAACGAGUGAUAUUAUCAAAGAGAGACUUGGAGCUUCUGCUUUAGAUAGCAUUCAUGAGUACAGGUUAUCAGGCUGGUUGGCCCAGCAGGAGGACAUCAAUCGUAUAGUUCUGUAUCAGACAGACAGCACGAUGACUCCCUGGACCCAGCGCUGCAUCAGACAAGCUGACUGCAUCCUUAUUGUUGGCCUCGGGGACCAGGAGCCCACUCUUGGACAGCUGGAGCAGAUGUUGGAGAACACGGCAGUGCGGGCUCUGAAGCAGCUGGUCCUGCUGCACCGUGAAGACGGCCCAGGUCCCUCUAGAACCGUGGAGUGGCUGAACAUGCGUAGCUGGUGUUCUGGUCAUCUUCAUCUCAAAUGUCCGCGUAGAGUGUUCUCACGCAGGAGCCCCAGCAGACUGAGGGAGAUGUAUGAGAAAGUGUUUGAGAAGACGGCAGACAGACACAGUGAUUUUUCCCGUCUGGCCCGAGUCCUCACAGGAAACAGCAUUGCUCUGGUACUAGGAGGAGGAGGAGCUAGGGGCUGCUCGCAUGUGGGCGUGAUCAAAGCCAUGGAGGAGGCGGGGAUUCCUAUCGAUUUAGUGGGUGGGACUUCUAUCGGCUCUUUCAUCGGUGCAUUGUACGCGGAGGAGAGGAGUGCUGUUCGUGUGAAGCAGCGAGCGAGAGAGUGGUCAAAGGCGAUGAACUCCGUGUUUAAAACUGUGCUAGAUCUAACCUAUCCCAUCACCUCCAUGUUCUCUGGCUCCGCCUUCAACACCAGCAUUUCCAACGUGUUUGAAGACAAGCAAGUUGAGGACUUGUGGCUGCCUUAUUUCAACGUGACCACCGACAUCACAGCAUCUUCAAUGCGGGUACAUAAAGAUGGCUGUGUGUGGCGCUAUGUUAGAGCCAGUGCCUCCUACACACCCUAUUUACCUCCUCUCUGCGAUCCCAAGGAUGGCCACCUCCUCGUGGAUGGUUGCUAUGUAAACAAUGUCCCAGCGGACAUUGCACGCAAUAUCGGAGCCAAAACGGUCAUCGCCAUCGAUGUGGGCAGCCAGGACGAAACCGACCUGUGUAACUAUGGCGACAGCCUGUCUGGCUGGUGGUUGCUUUGGAAACGGAUCAACCCGUGGGCGGAGAAAGUUAAGGUACCUGACAUGGCUGAGAUCCAGUCCCGACUGGCGUACGUGUCGUGCGUCCGGCAGCUGGAGGUGGUCAAAAAGAGUGGCUACUGCGAGUACAUCCGGCCGCCCAUCGACCGCUUCAAGACCAUGGACUUUGGCAAAUUUGACGAAAUCUAUGAAAUCGGCUACCAACACGGGAAACUGUUGUUUACCGGCUGGGCACGUGGUGACAUCAUAGAGAACAUGCUGAAAGAUCACCGCUCGGCCGACUACACCGACAGCAAGAAGACAGACAGCUGCACAUGUCCCAGUGCAGACUUCACAGACCUGGCUGAGAUCGUGUCCAGGAUUGAGCCGGUGCAGAGCUACGUGGCCGCAGACGCGGAGGAGUCAGAUGGACUGACAGAGUACGAGGAAGACGGGAUGGACACAGUGAGAGAAGAGGAAGGUGAGGAAGAGGAGGACGAAGCCGAUGACCCUGAAGACCACUCACCUGGAGAUUGGGGAGCAAAUGACAUUUUUCAGUCGGAUGAAGAGAAAUCGGUCCGUCAGCGGAGGAAGAACCCCAGCGAGUCCAACACAUGCUCCGAGCUUUCCGACUGCUGACCAGAAGUGACAUGGCGUCUUCCUUUUCCAAGGAUGGACGAGUAGUGGCGUCCCUCCGUAUCCGACUGAGAGGAAAGGAGAGGAGUCGAGGAGGAAGAUGGACAACCAAAGAUACCACUGAAGCCAACCCGAGCAAAAAAUGAUGGCUUGAGCUGCUCUGGGUGUGUGGUGGGAAAACACACAAAGAAAAACAAACUAUCACACUGAGCAUCAUGGGAGUUGAGCAUUAAAGGGAUCUAGCUCUCUGAUCUACCAUACGUAUUUUAUUUUUUGUUUUCACCCAUAGAGAAAAGCUUUGGUUAAUGGCCCGUAUAAACUGUGUGACUGGGUGACAUCUGUUUGUCCUGGUAUGAGGAACUGUAAGUGUCUGGACAGAGAUGGAUGUGUGAGUAUGAGUUUGUUGUGAAGAGCUCACAGAGGUAAGAAACACUCAGAGUGCUGCUAGAACCAACUAGAUUACAGCGGAUAGAACGCUUCAGAAUGUCGUGGUGGAGAAACGAGGAACAGACAAGUAUGUAUAAUACUAACAUAGAAAGACAGCUUUAAAAGUGCACUAGGCAAAAUUAAGGUUCCCUAGACUGACAUUAUUGAAUGGAUUCAGUGAACGUAAGUAGCACACUUAUUAACUUUUUUAUUUAUUUAAGCUAAACAAUAAAGUGUUCACACCAUCAACGGUUCAAAUUAAAGAUCAACAUUAACAAUGAUCAACACGAGCAGCACCUUAAUGAACGUGUUUUGGUUGUUAACUGGAAAAAUGAAACAUUUUUAACAUUUAAUAAUAAAAUGGGGACUUAAAAUCGAUCUUUUAUUAGCAACAUGCUAUAAUUAAAAUUUUGCUCAUUCAUGUCGACUUAUUUUUAUUCACGAGUUGAACAUUAGUCAGUGUAGUUGGAUUAAAUGAACAUUUAAACCGACAUCAGUCUACUUUGUUAAUAUUAUUUAUAAUUUAUUAAUGCUGGAGUUAAUAUUAAUAAGUAAUAAUGUAAGAUAAUGCAAGACACUACAGGUGAAUAGGGUAAUUUUUUUUUAAACAAUAGAUAGGACAAUUUUUGCCAGUCGAUUGUUGAUAUUCUCAUGAGGGUUUUCUUUUGUAUUGGAACUUUUUCAAAAAUUGACAAUGAUUUUUUUUUUUAAAUCUCAAAGAAUCUCGUUAGAAUUUAUAUAUUUGAUUUUUUUUUUUUUUACAGAAAAGCUUUUUUAUUUAAUGAGUAAAUGCUAUGCACUGUUAAUAUAUUGUGUGAUCUAGCUUAAGCCUUUCUUAAAGCUGCUAGGUUUUGGGGAAUGUGAUCAUGGUGUUUGCAAGUGGAGGAAAAACAGUCAAAUAAGCAUUUUUUCAUUGAGUUUUGAUAUUUUUAUUGCUACAGUUUAAGAGAUGGUGUGUUAAGUUACAAUAUAUAAAAAAAUUAUAAGAUGGAUUGUGAAAAAUUGUAUUUUUUAUUUAUUUAUUUUUUUAAAUCUGUAGUGUCUUGCUUUAAUAGGGGAACCUUAAUAUACCUUAAAGCAUUAACGUGAAAACUGGACCUAAUGCCUGCAGGUAUUCAUUUAGCUUGUACUAGGACAUGAAAAUGUUUUUGGAUUAUGCAGCAGUCAGAGUGAAAUGACUGGUGGGUCUUAUAUAAUUUCGAUGAGUCAUGUGGGCUGCAAAUUACAAAACAAGAUAGACCUCUAAAUAUUACUUUAGUAAAACAAUGAAAAGUGAUAAAUAUAAGUGUGUAAAAUGAAAUGUAGGAGUGUUGCAGGUUUUUUUGUGCCCAAGGUAUGUAACAAGGAAUGAAAAGGGUGUACGGGUGAAGUUUAGCUGCUUUGUGUGUCCAAAAACUUUUCAUUAUUGUACAAUUCAUUAAUUAUUCAUGCAAAAAUGUCAGCAGGUUCAGCUGGUUUUUCAGUAGUUAGAAAUCCUGUUCGUCUCAGAGAUUUCACUCGCUCAUUUUAACAACUACAGAUUCAAAAUUCAUGUUUCUUAUAUUUCAGUUUUACCUGCUGAAACCAGUUUUUGUUCUUAUAUUCAAGCUGCCAAUUAUUUUGUAUUUAUUUGUUUUACCAUUGACUUAAAAAAAAAAACAUUUUACUCAUUGAAACAAAAUGAAAUGGUUGUAGUGAAGUAAUUCUACAAUGAUAGAUUAUAGUUUCCUUAUGUAUAUUGCUUUAGCAUUUUGCACUGAUUAAGAAAAUAAUUUAUUAAUUGAAACUUUUUUGCAUUACUAUAAAAACUGAUGUAAUGGAUGACUCCUGAAAGUUGCUAAAAAAUAAAUACUAAUUAAUGCUAAA